AUGGCGAAGACUACCAUAUUGGUUAUCUUCUUUCUUCUCUUCGCAUUCACUUCAUCAAAAUUUGCUUCAGCUUCAGCUGAUAUGGUGCUUGACGCAGAAGGUGGCAUGCUUAAAAAUGGUGGCUCAUACCAUAUCGUCCCAGCCUUGUCUGGAAGAGUCCUUCGUUUUCAUGGUUUCUCUGCAUCAUGUGGUGGCAUUGGGCUAGCUGCUAUAGGGAACGAAACCUGCCCACUAACGGUAGUGCAGAAACCUUCUGAGGAAACCGAUGGCUUGCCUCUGAUAAUUUCAUCUCCGGCAAGAAUCGCAUACAUCGCAGAGGGUCUUCUUUUGGACAUUGCAUUCUCCGCAGUUCCGACCUGUGCUCCGACACUGUCAAAGUGGACGAUCGUGGAGGAACAACCUGCGGGAAUGUCUGUGAAAAUCAGGGGUUAUAACAAUACAGUGGAUGGUAAGUUCAAGAUUAUUAAAUAUCAGAGUCUCUUCUCUAAGCUUAAGUUCUGUCCUACUGGUGAUCCUUGUGGAGAUCUUGGGCUUUAUUAUGAUGAAAGUGGAAAUAGACAUCUGGUAAUUGUUACUGAUGAGAGUCCACUUGCAGUUUUGUUCAAGAAAGUCUUAUAA